UAUUUAAUGCAUGCAUCCUAGAUGUACUGCGCAUGGGAUUGUUGCGCCUGGGCCUGGGGAUUCCAAAGCUCACGAUGGAGCGCGGGGAGAGCCAGCAGACGCUAUGUCCAGGUCCCUUUCGGGGAGCGGACUGCGGGCUUUGUCUGCUGAGGACAAGGCAAGAAUUGGCAACCUCAUCAAGGUGCUCGUUCAAGAAAGACGAGACAAGGAAAAUCUUCGCGAGAAGUUGGGCCAAGAGGCUUGCAAGGUGCAGGACCUACAGAGGGAUCGGGAAGUCAGCCAGAGGAAGGAGGCGGAGCUGGUGGCUCGCGUGGCCCGAUCGCUCGACUUGCUGCGUAGUUUCCAGGCUGAAGUGUCGGCAAGCCGAUCUCAAGGUAGUUCUUCAGAUAGGCGCUCAUCAGAGGUGGAGCGACAAUCGAUGUCACCGAUGCCUGCACCGCUGCCCCAACUGCGGAUGCUGGGUCAGGCAAGCAUCCCUUCAGAGCCAGUACAAAUUGCAGAACCGCGUCAAGCACGGGCAGCAAGUGUCCCUGCAGGGCGAGUACGAUUUGCAGAACUCCGCGAAGCAGAGGCGGCAAGCGCCUGCGCACGGCCACCGCAAAUUGCGGAGCCCCCUCAAGCAGUGGCGGCAGGUAUCCUCGCAGGGCGGGCGCAGAUUGCGGAGACCCCUCAAGCAGUGGCAGCCAGCACUCCCGCUGAGCGAGCGCAGAUUGCAGAGCCCCGUCAAGGAGAGGCGGCAAGCGCCCCCGCAGGGCGGGCGCAGAUUGCAGAACCAUGUCAAGCGGAGGCGGCAA